AUGUGGGUAGUGAAAGAGAGGGAUGUGAUAGGAAGUUCAAAAGUCAAAAGGACUCUGUACAAAUUAACAACCCGAUCCCCCCUUUUCACCGCCCGUAGUGGUAUCACCCAAGCCUUUCACUGUAUCAACGACAUUUGGAAAUCUAAAAGCACAGCAUCAGACAAAGAAAAAGACGAGCUGGAGUUACAGCUCAGAGACAAAAUUCGAGAGUUGAAUCUUCUCGACGAGACUAUAGCAACUCUGAGGCGAGAGCUCUGCGCCAAGGACAAAAUCAUUGCAGAGAACGAGGUCGCCCUACGAGAAAAAGAUCACGCCCUGUCUCGCAAGACGGAGAUUGUGCGAGAUCAAGAGGGAGAAAACAAAAGACGUGAACAAGAUCAACAGACGCUUCUUACUCAAAUCUCACAAAGAGACGGGUCCAUCAGGGGACUCAACGAGACCAUCAGAAUUCGCGACGAGCGACUGAAGGAAAAGGAUGACAUCCUUUUCAAACUGAACACUGGAAUUGACGAGCAGAAACACAAAACAAAGGCGGUGGAAGAAAAACUGAAGGAACUGACCGGCCAGAUAAAUGAAAAGGACGCCAUGAUUGGUGUUCUUCAAGGUCAGAUUUCGACCACAUCCGGGUCAUCUCCCAGUGAGCCUCGCUGUGAGACAGACGCGGAGAAGGAGUGCUUCCGGGUCAAAGAAGAACUGAAGAAAGUUCAGGGAGAGCUGGAGAAGAGCAAGGGGGAGAGGAGGGUUAUUGAAGACAGUCUGGAGAAGACGAGGCAGUCUCUGGAGGAAGCCAUGUUUGGCUGGGACAGAGAGAGGAAUGCACUGCAGAGAGACGUGAACGUCCUGGAAGAGAAGGUCCGUAUGUACGAGGCCUACAACCAGAUGAACCGUGACGAGACGAUUGACACUCUCAAACUGGAGGCCCAGGACUACUUCCGCGAGAAGGAGGUGCUGGGCUGUGAGCUCAGCUCGCUCAGGAUGAAGGCGGAGGCCGCUGACAGGGCGCACAAAGAGCAGCUGGCCAAACUACAGGCGGAAAUGGCGUAUCGACUCCAACAAGAGGAGCGAAUACUCCGUGCUGAACACAUGUCCAUGAAGGUGCGAUACGAGUCCAGAAUCGAGAAAAUGAACAAAGAAAAUAACAAAAUGCUGGUGAGCAUUGCCAAGCUGCAGAAGGAGCUGGACUUAGACAAGGAAAUCAUCGACACCGUUCAGAAAAACUUUGGUGCUCUCAAAGACAAAUAUACAGAGGAACUGCUGAGGUCGGAGGAAGACAAAGCAAAUCUGGACCGACAGAUCAAAGAGAUCGACGAAUCCCGUGCGCUGAUGGACCAGCUGCAGCGACAACUGCGCGACGUGAGGGAGCAGAGCUUGGACCAGGAGAGGCUGAGGGCGGAGCUUAUCAACAAGUUCGCCACUGACCGCGCCUCCUGGGAGAUUGACAAGGCCAACCUGUGCAGUCAGAUCAAUCAGAUGGAGGAGCAGCUGUGCAGCACGUCUCGGCAGCAGGAGAGGUCAAAGGACAUCCAGGUCAACAUGGGCAUGGCCUGGGACAAGGAGCGGAGAGAACAGAGACGCUUGCUGCAAGAAGCGCACACAUUGGCUCUUGACUUGCAGGAACAGCUGCGGUCCCGAGACGAGGCGUUUGCGCAUGAGCGGAAGGAGCUGGUACGUCAGAUGGAGAGUGACAGACUGACGUGGACGAAAGACAGGAGAGAGACAGACAGGAAGAUGGCGGAGCAUCUCGGCCUCUGAGGUUCAACUCGUGAAGGACGAGCUCUCAGAGCAGUACCAGUCGCAAGGUGGAAAUGGCGUCUUCCUGGUGGCUGACGUCACGACGCGCGGCGCCACCACCACGUCCCGGGUCGAGGAGCAGUCGAACGUGGUUUCCCGGCAAAUCAAGUCGGAGGAAGCCCGCCAGUACCACGCCUCCCGGGACGUCCACGCCUACGCUGCCCCCUCGCUUAUGCCGUCAGAGACUCCCAAUUCUCCGGAAAUACCCAUUUCUGACGGAAAGCCCGGGCAGAUUUCGACAAAUAUGGCUGCUGAACCCCCCACCUCCAGUUCCCAGCCGUUGCUUUCUUCUUUACCCUCACCUACACAACCUGUGUCCAUUCCUCCUACAGCUCAACCGGCGCCAAGUUUGAAAACCCAAACCCAGUCUACAAAACCUCUAACCCAGACUCAAUCAAAACCCAAAACCUCAGCUCAGAAAUCUCAGCCUCAAGGCAAAGCCAUACAAAAGCAGCAAAAGACAGUACAAGAGGCUGCGGCCCCCUCGAAGGCUGGCAGUAAAUCACAAUCACAAACAGCAGCCACAAAGUCUAAACAACAGCAGCAGAGCCGAGCCUCUGGCUCACAGGCCCAGAGAACACCAGUACAAAGCGCUCACAAACACACACAGCCAGAAACACAAACUUUUACGACAACGACAACACAGGGUACGGCGGCACUACCAGCCACACAAUCAGCUACACAAUCGGCCACACAAUCGGCCACACAGCCAGCCCCCGUCAUCCUCCGGACCUUUGACCCCUCCACCUCGCGCCGUUAUGACCGCCCUCCCUCCUACACCUCGGGCACCCGGAGCGCCAGCACGUCACGAGCAACGACCCCAGAAACCCCUGACCUGACUCCUAGCUCUGCCCACGGGACUGCUGCACACCGAAGAUCGGGACUUCCCGAACCACCACCCAGCUUUGUCAUUCCUCAUCACCGUACGUUUCAACCCAGGCCACAACCACAACAUCAACAGCAACAGCAACAACAGCAGCAGCAGACAUUCCAGAAGUCCCUAGUGUCUGCGCUGUCGACAGGUCGCGAUCGCACAAAGCCCAAACGUCCUGUAACCUUCAUGAAAAGUCUCUCCGUGGACAGCUCGUCUAUCCUGGACCAGUCGGAGCCGCAGUGCAGCCCUUCAGGGGGCGGCCACCUUCCCAUCAUCACCAGCGCUUCCGCGAACACCACGCCCACCCAGCUGAGGACAGCCGCAGAUCUGAUGACGUCAUUCUCAACGUCGUCCAGCAGCGUCCUCGCUGUUGGCCCCGGGAACACACUUCCUGUCACUUCUCCCAAAAGAUCUCCGAGACCCAGAGACAAAUUCUCCCCCCGAACGGCGAGAAGAAAGUUCUUUGAAGAGCCCAAUCUGUUCCCGCCAAACACGUAUCCAUCCGGAUACCAGUCUUGGCCGGAGAGGAGAAGUGUUUCCCCUUCUCUCUGCACGCGACAGAUUUCUCUCCCUGACCCCGUAGAGGUCAGACGUGAAGCCGAGGAAGACUAUGAUCUUGUGGCGUCCAAGCUAGAACCUCUACCAGGACUUCCCACAGGGCUAAAAAUGUCCACGUCGUGGGACGAGAAAAUGCACCAUGACGUAGCUGCUCAACAGCGAAGAAGUUUGGACGUGUCGUCUGUCCAAUCCACUUCUUCGGCCACGCCUACUGACACUUCUGACUCUGCCCCCUCUGUCACUCUCCCCACCUCCACCAGCAGUGCCAAGCCACAAAGUGCCAAAGAUAAACGUAAGUUUUUCAAAAAAUCGAGCAGUUUGGACUCCACAGUGGGCUCGACCAUUGCUAAAGUAGGGGUGUCCGCCAUGUCACCCAGCGCACCAUCGGGUUUCACACCGUCAGAGAUUUUUGCCGCUGUGAAAGGAAAACUGAAACCUGUGUUCAAGAAGAAGAGUUCCGAGGCAGCAGAAGUGAAACAACACGCAGCACGCGCACCGUCGCCGUUGUUCAUCCAGACGGACGUGCCAGAGGCUUGUGCCAACUUUGGGGCUCGGGGCUCCACGUCACUUCCGGUCCCUGUGCCUCACGUAGACAUCGAACAGUUGGAGCAUGACGAGGAGGAGCGGGAACUGCUGGCAGAGCUUCCUGACGAUAGAUCUCGGGACUCCAGCAGACGAGAGGGACUCAGUCAGCCAGUGUUACGGGGAAAAUGGCGCUCCAAAUCAGCUGAUCGUGCUGCCCAGCAGGUGCCGUCUGUGCACGGGGACGUGGUGCGUCCGGCCCAGGGCUUGUGGAAAUUCAACGAGACGGCUGUGUAGUGUGUAAACGAAUGUGUUCCUCUUAAAGUACAUGUCUCCUUAUGUGCGACGCGACGCCGCGUCCUGUGUGGUCCUUACUUCUCCAAAAUCAAUCAAGGAAGAUUAUAAACGACCAGUCUCCUUACACGCGAUGCGGUGCGACGUCUAGCCGCGCGCGACCGUCGCCCGAUCGGUCCAUGUAGCGAUCGAAACCUCGUCGUACACUGCAGAUUGGGGUGUUUCACCAUUGGUCAAAAUAUCUAGCCAAUGUGUGCCGGUCGACAAGCCACGUGUGUGGUGUGUGAUGUGGUCGCGCACAAGGAUACACACCUAGCGAGCGACUCGUCGCCAGCAACUGCCGAGCGCGACGCGACGUCGUGUCGCCCAUUAGGAGACAUAGACUUACACACAUCAGUGAUCAUCUUACGGGAAUUCCCGCCUCUGAUGUUGAACAUCAGACGGGAAUUCCCAGAGUUUGCUUGGCUCCAUAAUGAAGACUUUAAAACUGUAGUGUUACAUAAUAUCUCUCACUGAUUUAGAUGGAAGACUGCAGUUCAAAGGUCAUUAGAUGUGUGUCUUGUAAUGCCACUACUGUUGGCUCACGUUUAAGAACACACCACUUGUGAAAGCUAUGCAAAAGAUGCUGGUCAGUCAACUAAAGUGAAGAGGGUAAAUUGGCGCCAAGAGGUAAACCCUCAACCUCAUGAAUAUAACAUUCACGGAUUUAACCCUUCUUUACUAAAUAAAAAGCUAAUAUUUGUAAGUGACCUCAUGAAUUUCAGCAUUGUCAGUGCAAACAAAACGCUGAAAGAAGUACAAAAUAAAAGUCUGCCUCGAUAUAAUACAGCUAAACAGAAACUUUACUUUUACAGGCCAAGUUAUAUGGGGAAUAAAUUUGGCUGUUCAAACAAAAAUGAAAACGAGAAUGAUGGCACUAUUGGCCAACUAACGUAGAAAAUUGUAAUACGAACCACAAUGUUAUACAUUGUUUCAUCAGUCUCCCCCCCCCCCCCCCCCCCCCCCAGUUGCUGUUUGCUGUUGAUGUUUGAAACCUUUGAAGUGCUCUUAUAUUGUGUUUAAACUUGAAUUUGUGUUCAGUAGAUAUAGAAGUUUAGGAUUAGAUGUUUGCAUCAUACACAUCAUCACUUGGUUUCACGAGUAUUAUACUUAGAACCAGUGCACAUUGCUGAAAGUUUCGUUACAUCUCCAUUUGAUAAAGCAUUCGAGGUGACUGUACUGGCCAGGGCACGCUAUAUCACACUGACUUCUGCUUUAGUUCACAAACUUUAGAACAGAAGUUCAUAUGUUAGGCCCCAUGUCACAUUCUGUGCACAAACAAAAGAUCUUACUCCACAAUAGCCUGAGAUGUACCAUAGGCCUUCAUAUUAAAUGGUGAUGUGGAAAAAAAAACAUGUUAAAUAUUUAAGAUUCAAUGAAAAUUGAUUGCCAAAAUGGUGGCUUCUGUUCUUUAAUGACGAAACACCUGGCAUCCUUUAAUUAAAUGUAUCAAAAGGAGAUUUCACUAAACUUUCUUCAAUGUGCUCUGGGUGUCAAGGUUUGAAAUGAGAGGAGAAUGAAUUCCUAAUGGAUGUUUUAAAGACCCUGAAAUAUCUUGAGCAUAAAGUGGGAAUAAGGAGAUGUGCUGGUAAAGCUGAAUAAUGUAGAAAGGCCUUUCUUGUCACAUCUUCAAAGUACUAUUUAACCAUUUUCAUAUCAAAAUUCUGAACACAAAAAAAUUUGUUUGGAAACAGGCCAGUUCUACCCAACAACAAAAUUCCUAUAGGUUUGUUGCAUUUAGAUUAUGUUUGGUUAUGACAAAGCAAUAAAACAGAUUGAUUGUAUUUUCUUUAUUAAUCCUUUGUAAAUACAAAACUGUUUCUAAGCCUUUUGAAUAUUUUAUUCUACAUGGAACCAGUUUUCAUUCAAGCCAAAAACUCAGUCAAGCCAUCAAUAAUACAGAAUUCAUUGAAACGCUGUUUUGAUUGACUUAAAAUAUGUACAUUUUGUGGUUAUAUUGUUUUAUCCUACUUACCAACAACUGUAAAUGAAAUUUUCCAACCAAGAA